AUGUGCAAAGUCAUCAGAACCAAGUAUGCUUGCCGACAUACAGUCACCGAGUAUGCAUCCCAAUGCUCUGAAGUGAGCGGAAGAUGCGAAAAGGAAAUCACAAACAGCAACUGCAAAGACCAGUGCCCAAAGUGCAGUCCCGAUAACCGUCAAAAGAAUAUCGUGGACCUCUACGCCAAAUACGCCCAGGAACUGAAGAGGCUAGCCGAGCUGGCAAAGGCUGAAGACUGUAAGACGAUGAUAGAGCAGCUUGACCAGCUUAUCAAGGGUCUUCCAGAACAGAGAAUCAAGGCUCUGGCGGAGAUGCAGGAGAAGGCUGAGAUUGAGACAGCGGUGAAGAAGCGAAUCGAGGCAGAGUUGGCUCAGGGCUCAAAGGGGCGAUGGUAG